AUGUCUCUACCAGGCUCCAAGCCUAGCAAGCCCUCCGCGAAGGCCAGCGCGGCCGCCAAGGCUACGCUCCGCGGCGUCAACUCCCACAAAGUCCGCAAGGUCCGCCUCUCGACGACCUUCCACCAGCCCAAGACUCUCCAGUUGUCCCGCUCCCCCAAGUACCCCCGGAAGUCGAUCCCCUCCGAGCCCCGUCUCGACCACCACAAGGUCAUCGUCCACCCUCUCAACACCGAGAGUGCGAUGAAGAAGAUUGAGGAGAACAACACCCUCGUCUUCAUCGUCGACGUUAAGUCGAACAAGAGACAGAUCAAGGAUGCUCUUAAGAAGCUCUACGACGUCGACACCAUCAAGAUCAACACCCUUGUCCGCCCUGACGGCUCCAAGAAGGCCUACGCUCGGUUAACCCCCGACGUUGACGCUCUCGAUAUUGCCGCCACCAAGCUCGCCAUCGUAUAA